GCCGAGGGGCACCUAGGACCCGGGCCAGCCAUCGACUUCCGGCGGCGUUUAGAGGACAUCCUUCCCAGCGGUGGCCAGUGUUUUCGUGGCUUUGUCUUACUCCCCAUCCUCUCCUUGUUGUUUUUCUGUCCACGCCCCAGUCUCGCCUGACCCUGGCGAAGCGGCUGGCGAGUUCCGCUGCUCACCCGCCGCCGGGGCCCCUCGCCAGCCGAGGGCCGGUUCCGGGGAGCCGCACGCGCACCUCCUCGUCCGUGCCGUCGCCCUCCCGAGGCCAAGCCCGGGGACUGAGAGGCGUCUCCCCCGCUCCUCGGAGCGGUGGCGGCGGUGACAGCUCGGGACUGUGCUUGCGGAGGGAGUUCGGGGAGGAGUAGUACAAAAUGUCAAAAAUCAGAAGGAAGGUCACAGUGGAAAACACGAAGACCAUUUCUGAAAGCACGUCCCGACGGCCCAGCGUGUUCGAGAGGCUCGGGCCCAGCACGGGGAGUGCGGCGGAGACGCAGUGCCGUAACUGGUUGAAGACUGGCAACUGCCUCUAUGGAAACACGUGUCGGUUCGUGCAUGGCCUUUCACCCCGUGGCAAAGGUUAUAGCAGCAGCUACAGAAGGUCCCCAGAAAGACCCACGGGGGAUCUCAGGGAAAGAAUGAAGAACAAGCGGCAGGACGUGGACGCCGAGCCGCCGAAGCGCAGCGCGGAGGAGUCGUCCUCCCCGGUCAGGAAAGAGUCUUCAAGGGGGAGACAUAGGGAAAAGGAAGACAUAAAAAUUACCAAGGAGAGAACUCCAGAGAGUGAAGAGGAAAAUGUGGAAUGGGAAACCAACAGAGACGAUUCUGACAAUGGAGAUAUCAAUUAUGAUUACGUCCAUGAGCUGUCGUUGGAAAUGAAGCGUCAGAAGAUACAGAGGGAGUUAAUGAAGCUGGAACAGGAAAACAUGGAGAAGAGAGAAGAAAUUAUUAUUAAAAAGGAGGUCUCACCAGAAGUGGUUAGAUCAAAGUUAUCUCCGUCACCUUCUCUGAGGAAGUCUAGCAAGUCUCCGAAGCGGAAAUCAAGCCCUAAGUCAUCGUCCUCGUCCAGCAAGAAGGACAAGAAGACGGCCGUGGCGUCCUCUCCCCUGCUGGACCAGCAGAGGAAUUCAAAGAGCAACCAGAGCAAGAAGAAAGGACCCCGCACUCCUAGCCCACCCCCUCCUGUACAGGAAGAUAUCGCUCUGGGGAAGAAGUACAAAGAAAAGUAUAAAGUAAAAGACAGGACAGAAGAAAAACCGAGAGAUGGCAAGGACAGAGGUCGGGACUUUGAAAGGCAAAGAGAAAAGCGAGACAAGCCCAGGUCGGCCUCCCCCUCGGGGCCGCACCGCUCGCCCGUGUCCUCCCGCCACCACUCGUCCUCCUCGCGCUCCGGGUCCUCCGUCCAGAGGCACUCGCUCUCCCCGCGUCGGAAGAGGACGCCCUCGCCGUCCUACCAGAGGACCCUGACGCCGCCGCUGCGCCGGUCCGCCUCGCCGUACCCCUCCUCCCACGGCCUGUCGUCCCCGCCCAGGAAGCAGAGCCCCCCGCGGCAGCGCUCACCCCUGCGCGAGAAGGGGCGGCACGAGCACGAGCGCGAGCGCGCCUCGCAGGCGCACGACCGGCGGCACGAGCGCAGGGAGGAGGCGAGAGGCAAGAGGGACCGGGAGAAGGACGCCAGAGACGAGCGGGAGUACGAGCAGGAGCCCAGCUCCUCCCGGGACCACAGGGAGGACCGCGAGCCCCGGGACGGGCGGGACCGCCGGGACCCCCGCGACGCCCGGGACCGGAGGGAGCUGCGGGACUCCCGGGACCUGCGGGACGCCAGGGAGCUGCGGGACUACGGCCGGGAGGCCAAGGAGGGCCGCGACCCCCGGGACGUGCGCUCCGCGCGGGACGCCCACGACUACCGGGACCGGGAAGGCCGCGAGGCGCAUCGGAAGGAGGACGCCUACCCGGAGGAGUCCCGCGGCUACGGCAGGAACCACCUGCGCGAGGAGAGCUCUCGCGCGGAGCUCCGGAGCGACUCCAGGAGCGAGUCUCGCGGCGACAUGAGGAUGGGCCGGAGCCGGGGGAGAGGCCCCCCCGAGCUGCCCGAGAAGGGGAGCCGCGGCACCAGGUCCUCUCAAGUCGACGGUCACGGCGGCGGCGGCGGCUAUCACGACAGCUGGGAGACGCGCAGCAGCUACCCCGAGAGGGACAGGUACCCUGAGAGAGACGGCAGGGACCCGCCGAGGGACUCCUCCUUCGAGAGAAGACACGGCGAGCGGGACCGCCGAGACAACCGCGACAGAGAUCCAAGACCAAGCUCACCAGUCCGACAUCAGGGGAGGAGUGACGAGCUUGAGCGCGAUGAAAGAAGAGAGGAGCGGAGAGUAGACAGAGUGGACAGAGUGGACAGAGUGGACGAGAGGAGAGACGACAGGGCCCGGGAGCGCGAGCGCGAGCGGGAGCGUGACAGGGAGCGCGAGCGGGAGCGGGACCGCGAGCGGGAGAAGGAGAGAGAGCUGGAGCGGGCGCGGGAGCGGGAGCGGGACCGGGAGAGGGACCGGGAGAGGGAGAAGGAGAGGGACCGCGAGCGGGAGCGGGACCGUGACCACGACCGCGAGCGGGAGAGAGAGCGGGAGCGGGAGAAGGAGCGCGAGCGAGAGCGAGAGGAGCGGGAGCGAGAGCGGGACCGGGAACGAGAGCGGGAGAGGGAGCGCGAGCGCGAGCGGGAGCGAGCCAGGGAGAGGGAGAGGGAGAAAGAACGGGAGCGCCAGAGGGACUGGGAGGAGAAGGACAAGGGCCGCGAGGACCGCCGCGACAAGCGAGAAGACGCCCGCGAGGACCGGAGCCUGCGCGACGCCCACGAGGAGAGGAAGGCCAAGAAGCGCUACAGAAACGAGGGGAGCCCGAGCCCUCGGCCAUCCCCGAAGCGCCGGCGCGAGCACUCUCCCGACAGCGACCCCUACAACAGCGGGGACGACAGAAACGAGAGACACAGGCUCUUGAGCCAGGUGGUGCGGCCUCAGGAGUGUCACUCUCUCAGCCCGUCGCACUUCCCGGAAGACAGGCAGGGCAGGUGGAAGGAGGAGGACCGCAAGCCCGAGAGGAAAGAGAGCUCCAGGCGCUACGAGGAGCCGGAGCCCAAAGAGAAGGCCCCCCCUGCAGACAAGCAGAGGGAGCAGGUGGAGCUCUCGGAGAGCGCCAGGCUCCGGGCCCAGGACCUGGUGGGGCACCGCCCGUCCGAGGACCUCGACGCGUCCGACGGGGCGCACGACGAGAGCAGGCGGAGGGUGAGGGUCCAGAAGAAGCCCGUGAAGAAGAAGAAGGAGGAGGACGCAGGCGCGGAGAGGGGCGGCGGCGCCGAGACGGCGUCCGAGGACGGGCAGGUGUUCUCGCCCAGGAAGGGGCUGAAGAAGAGGAGCGUGGAGAAGAGGCACAAGCGCCCCCGGGGCGAGUCCGACGUCUCCGACGACGAGGCGGCCCAGCAGAGCAAGAAGAAGCGGGGCCCGCGGACGCCCCCCCUGACGGCCAAGCAGGGGCUGGUGGGCCUCUCCGGGGACAAGGAGGCGCCCGUGGAGGACGCCCACCGGAGGGAGGACACGGCGUUCAGCGACUGGUCUGACGAGGACGUGCCUGACCGCGCCGAGGUCCCCGAGGCCGAGCGUGCUGCCACGGCUGUCACCCCCGGCAGGACGCCGUCCCCGUCGUCCCUCCCUCCUCCUCCUCCUCCCACGGCCGCAGCUGCCACGGCACCCGCUGCUCUCGCCUCGGCCACCGCCGCCGUCAGCGCCUCUGCCGCCGCGUCCGCUCCGGCCGCCCCCGCCAGUGCCGGGGAGGACUCACACCGAAAGUGCCACAAGGCGCGGGCGGAGAGGGGGGAGGCCCCGCACUCGGCCGCGGACGACGCGCCCCAUCGCAAGCCGCUGGACCAGAAGAGGAGCAGCAGCCUCGGCAGCAACCGGAGCAACCGCAGCCACACGUCCGGGCGGCUGCGCUCCCCGUCCAACGAGUCGGCCCAUCGGAGCGGGGACGACCAGAGUGGUCGGAGGAGGGUCCUGCACAGCGGCUCCAGGGACAGGGAGAAGACAAAGGGCUUCGAAGUCGCAGGGGAGAGGAAGUCCAGGAUCGACCAGCUGAAGCGCGGCGAGCCCAGUCGGAGCACGUCCUCAGAUCGCCGGGAUUCCAGGAGCCACAGUUCGCGCAGGAGCUCUCCCGAGUCGGACCGGCAGGUGCACUCGCGGUCCGGCUCCUUCGACAGCAGGGAGCGGCUGCAGGAGCGCGACCGGCACGAGCACGACCGGGAGCGGGAGCGGAGGGAGGCCCGGCCGAGGGAGUGGGACCGAGACCUCGACAAGGACUGGCCACGGGGCCGGGACCGGGACCGGCUGCGUGAGCGCGAGCGGGACAAGAGGAGGGAUUUGGACAGGGAGAGAGAGAGGCUCCUGUGCGACUCCGUGGACAGGGACAGGGACAGGGAGAGGACUUUCGAAAGCUCCUCCCAGAUGGAGUCUGUGAAACGCAGCGAAGCAAAACUGGAGCCCGAGCACGAGCGAGACCUGGAGGGCCCCUUCCGAGAUGCGGGCGCCCUGGAGAAGGAGCGCCCGGACAGGGAUCUGGCGCCCGUGCAGGGGUUCGAGGACGUCAGCAAGGCCGAGCGGACGGAGAGCAUGGAGGGGGACGACGAAUCCAAGCUGGACGACAUGCACUCCCUCGGCUCCGGUGCCGGUGAAGGCUACGAGCCCAUCAGCGACGACGAGCUGGACGAGAUCCUGGCGGGCGACGCCGAGAAGAGGGAGGACCCGCAGGAGGAGGAGAAGAUGCCGGACCCACUGGACGUGAUUGACGUGGACUGGUCCGGGCUCAUGCCCAAGCACCCGAAGGAGCCGCGAGAGCCGGGGGCCGCGCUGCUCAAGUUCACGCCUGGGGCCGUGAUGCUGCGAGUCGGGGUUUCUAAGAAGCUGGCGGGUCCCGAACUCUUUUCCAGAGUCAGAGAGACGUGCCAGAGGCUUCUGGAGAAACCCAAAGACGCAGACAGUCUCUUUGAACACGAGCUGGGGGCCCUCAACAUGGCCGCACUGCUACGGAAAGAAGAAAGGGCGAGUCUCCUCAGUGACCUGGGGCCGUGCUGUAAGGCCUUGUGCUUCCGGCGGGACUCGGCCAUCCGAAAGCAGCUGGUCAAGAACGAGAAGGGCACGGCGAAGCAGGCGUACACGGGCGCGCCGGCGGUGGACAGCGAGCUGCUGCGGCUGAGCCUGCGGCUGUUCAAGCGGAGGAGCGCCUGCCGCGCGCCGGGGCCCGACAAGGCGGAGGACGGCAAGCUGGCGCCGCCGGGCGAGCCGGAGCUGUGCGUGUCCUGAGUCGGGGCUGGGCGCGCUCGGCCUGCGCCUGCGCGCGGUGCGCCUUCUCUCCCGGAGGGCUGGCUUCGCGAGCGUUCCUGGGCCUGCGGCGGAGCGCGCUCGUGGGCCACGCAGCUGCAGUGGGGGGCGCUCUGACGCUUGAAGGCGUCAGUUUGGCAGAACGAAGACUUUACACAGUACUUAGUGCUCGUGAAAAAUAGCGUGAAAGCAUCUAGAGUCAGUAGUUUGGUGCGUUUUGUUAAAACUGAAGUUUGGGGAAGCGGUUGUCACUGCGCUUCCAGUCGACGGAGAUUUUUCUGAAAAGGAGCCACUGGCGUGUUCUGGACCCUUCCUGAAGCAGCUGCAGCGUGGCUCAGGCACUGUGUCCACGGCACGCGCACACGCACACGCAAGUACACUGUGCACCACCGCACCGCACAGGACACGGGGCGCUGGCCCUGCGCCGGGUGUGCGGGCAGUGCUCUGUAGGAGGGAGCCAGGAGACUUUUUUCCUCGUGGAACAUCUGAGAAAGUUACUUAAUGGAUCUUUGUUUUUUUUAAUAUAUGUGCGUUGUUAGAACGUGUACUGAAUGCAUUUGGAAUCUAAAUGGUUUUGUUUGUUAUCAGAGACUGUCUACUCUUUUUAUUUUUAAUAAAUAUGCCUUCUUCCCUUU